ACGACGUCACCUACGACACCUUCACUCGUCCGAACAUUCGAAUCGACUGCUACUACGCCCAGAAUGUCACCCAUCACGUCGUCCUCUUCCGCCGCAGCGCUCGUCGCCACCUCGCCCAAAUCAAUCGUCAUCGUCGGCGGCGGCAUCAUCGGUGUCUGUACCGCCUACUAUACCGCCAUCUCGCCGCAUUUUCAAGCUGCGCGAGGUGACAAGAUCACUUUGGUAGAAGCGACCGAGGUGGCAAGUGCGGCGAGUGGGAAGGCAGGGGGUUUGUUAGCUCUGGAUUGGCACGGACAGGCUACGGCCAGUAUCUCCGCUCUCUCUUACAAACUACAUGCCGACUUGGCAGCGGAACACGGCGGCGAGAAGUGGGGAUACCGGACGGUCGAUACGCUCAGCGUCACUACCGACCUGACUGAACGUACCAAGCGGAAAUCACCUAUCGACUGGUUACCAGAGGGGACCGUACAUCAUUCCCGACCCUUGGGUUCUCAAAAGACAACAGCUCAAGUUCAUCCACAGUUGUUCACAAGGGAAUUGUUCCGGAUGUUCUUGGAGAGACCGGGGACGGGGGUCGUCUACGGGAGCGCAGCCGGUGUAGCCUUGGAAGGAGAGCAAGCGGCAAAGAAGCUCAAGGUGUUGAACAGGGAAUCCGGGGAACCCUCAGAGAUCCCCUUCACACACCUCGUACUCUCUGCCGGCCCCUGGACAGGAACGCUAUCAAAAACGCUCUUCCCUCCCGCUUCCUCUUCCUUGUGGUCAUCGUCGUCAAAGAAACUCAACACAAAUGCAAAGCCGCUGGAACUUGCCAUCUCUGGAUCGAGAGCCCAUUCGAUCGUACUCAAGACGGAUCGGAAGUUGACGGCGCAUGCGUUGUUUACGGAUAUGACGCUCCAGGACGGGGAUAUGGCCGAGCCGGAGGUCUAUGCGAGACCGGACGGGACGGUCUAUAUUUGCGGAGCAUCGGACAACGAACCCCUCCCGAAACUCGCCUCUCAAGUGAAACCAGACCCGUUCAGCAUCAAACUCCUGCACACCCAAGCCUCCGCCUUGACCCCGGAAUUCUCUUCAGAGAAAUCGCAGACGAUCGCCGAACAAGCUUGUUUCCUCCCCAUCUCUGACCGAGGGCGACCUCUUAUCGGACCGACGGCUCUGCCGGGGGUAUUUGUAGCCAGUGGACAUAGUUGUUGGGGGAUCACGCAAGGGCCGGGGACGGGGUUGGUCAUGAGCGAGAUCUUGCUCGAGGGCAAGGCAAAGAGCGCGGAUGUGGGCAAGUUGUUGCCUUGAUCUUCUGAAUAUGUUAAGGGACCCGUGCAUGGCUUGGGGGCUAGAGGUUCGGAAAGUGAUACUGCAUUCAGGCAAGAAGGUUGUAUCGUAGUUCUCCGAGAUGUUCGACUACCUGUUAUGCGUCCAGCCAUCGGUCCUCGCGCUACUAGCACUUGACUUCAAAGGAAGGUGAAGCAAGCUGCCGAAAGGGCGUAUGUAUCUAACGUGUAAAGCUUCCCGCCCUCCGCUGUGAUAUGUUGAAC